AUGUCAUCAGAGGUCUUGAAAGUUUUAAAUCAAACACUAGAUACAUGGAAUAAAUUUUUCAAAGAAAAAUUUUUUAACGCUUCUCAAAAGAGGUCUCAUCAAGUUUUGACUGACGAACUUAAAGUCUUAGAAGAAAGAUUAAAACCAGAAGUGAUUGAAAUAAUUGAAAGUACUGGCCUAACUUGGCAUGAUGCUUAUAAGAUAUUGGCUCUCUUGUCUAUAAUGCAACUCACACCACACUGUCCUUAUCCAGAUUGUUUCACUAGUGAAGAGUGGAAAAUUAUAAUUGAAACAAAUCCAUACAAGAACUAUGAGCCGGUUAUAUCCCCUGCAACCUCAUGUGCACUCUGGGAAGCUAUUAUAAAACAUAUAAACGGGAAAGAUAGUUUUAUCUAUCCAAAUGACACACCAUUAAGCAGAUUAACAUCAAGAGUGUUUAAUGAGUUGUGUGAAAAUAUACCAAAUCUUGCACCUGAAAUUAUAUCAGAGCAAGAACACUAUGCUCAAUUUUUAUAUUCUUAUAUAAACCUAAUUUUUUUAAAAAGAAAUAACGAAUAUAACGUGCAGUUGGACUAUAAUGUAAAAGACACAAGACAAAGGCCUGAUUUUGCCUGCACUGUAGAUGAGGUUCCCCUCAUGAAUUCAGAAAUAAAACCUCUAGGGUGUGGUCCCUUAAAAAGGGAGAAGGAUAUUAUAAAGGCUUAUUUACGAGCGGUUAAAUCGAUUAAUCAGCAGAUAUUUGCGAAGGGCAGACCUGGUGAAUCCAUGAUAUUCCUUAAUU